AUGGUAAAAAGUUUUGCUAGACAUAGAGUGUUAAUCGUAGAUGAUGAAGCAGAUCAAGCGUCUUUGAAUACUCAAGCAACCAGAGAAGAAGAAAGUGCAAGUGCGGUUAACGAUGAACUUACUCAAAUUAUGAAAGCCUUAACUAAUCAAAACAUAAGUUUCAAUUAUAUGGGCUUAACUGCAACUCCCGCUGGCAUUUUGUUCUUGGAGAGAGAUGAUCUAUUAGCUCCCGAUUUUUCUCUGCUAUUGAAACCAAGAGAGGGUUAUAUGGGACUUAAAGAGUUUUAUUUACCAGAAAACUAUAGUAGACGAUUCAUUGUAGCAAGCGAGAGCGCUAAAGUUGUUAACAGUAAAACUUCUGAAAAGACUGAGACUCCUCAACAUUGCAUUUAUAUAGGAGGUGAUGUAUUUAAGCGUGGAUAUAGUUUUGACAAUCUUCUUGUCACGUUCCUCACGAGGAGAGCAAAGGGGGCGGAAGAGAAAUUUCUUAGGUCUUUUGAGGAAGGGCAAUUAUCACUUAGUAAAGAAAGAACCGGAAAAGAAAAAGCAAGUUUUGAGGAUUCUCAAGGCAUCAUUUCUGCAACUUUUUUCAAGCAAAAAAAGGUCUAUAAGGACAAAAGUGAAAAAGUGAUCAUAGACAAAGUUUCUAACUUUAACGACGGGAAAAGAAAAGAAGUUGAGGAAAGACUUAAGUCUCUUUUCAAUGUUGAAGUAAAUAUAUUGUUGAUGAGAGCAGAAGAAAAUAUUUUAAGAACUGCAUUGGGAGAAGAUCCAGAG